AUGUACGACGCCAAUGGUGCCCCCGAGCUAGAGUAUUCAAAUGCGAUCGCACAGUCUUUUGAAGGCUUUCAGAGAUCGCAACUGUCCGACAUCACUUUGGUCCGGCACACCUCCUAUCAGCCCAAUUCCCCAGUGACGAGUAUAACCCUUGCCAGUGAAGGGGAUAUCAGGAACUUGAAGCGCACCAGUGCAGAAGGGGCACAUGAGCUCUUCUUUAUACACAAACACCUCAUCCUAAGCCCACAGGAUCAGGUUCCGAGAGAUGCAAACAGACUGCGCAUCUCAGGCGGGAGCCUGGAGGCCCUUGCGGCCCGGCUGAAGAUUCCCCUUGGAUUCAUCUUCGCCCUUUCGCGUCACUACCUCCCAAACGGUCGAGGAUCGCGCAGAGCGCCAGGAAAUAGCUCGUCCACAGGGCUCGAUCUUUGGUACUUUCUCCCAGUCAGAGUCCAGGUCGAGGCGCCCACCCCUGUCGCCAGUCCACCAGAAGCCUCCAGUCAGAACCAGAUGAACCCCUUUCACAAGCUUCACCUCCCGAGUGUGAAGCUCGAUAUCCGGCGCUCCUGCGUGGCGAUCUUCACAAACAUCGAUCCGGUUUCGAACCGCGUCACCUUUGUCGCGUUCGACUUCAUGCAUGGACGAUGGCCGAAAGUCGCACUCGAGCCGAGACGACGCAUAGAGGAAGUCAUUGGCGAGCAAAGAUCGACGGCAAGCGGCGGAUUUGGGCACUUCAUGCACCUGGUAUACCUGAGUAGCGCGACGAGGUGGUGGACGAACUCCCUGAACAGCAUCAACGAGCAACUCAUCGCCUACGAGCACAAACUCCAGACAGAGCUGAGUGCCCAGCAUACGACCCCAGAGGCCGUGCUGACAGACAUCAACCGUGCCCUCCAUGCAAUCGCGGCGCAUCUGCAUCGCUAUCUGUCGGAGCUCCAGUCACUGCAGGGGAUAGUGGUGGAUCUCGCCACGCACUUUGAGUCGUUACAUGAGAGCGAACCGGGCAAUAGCGAUGUGAAUAGCUUCGAGAACGCCGCUCGUGGAUUCAGUCAGAUUCUUUCGCAGGUCGAGGCAUUGCAUGACUUCGCUGAGGAGCUGGAGAAGAAGAUCACCAACAAUCUUGCCUUGUUAUUCAACAGAAUCCAAAUCAACAGCGACAGACUCCUCGUCGCCAACGGGCAAGCAAUGCAGGCCAUCCUCAGCGCAAUGCACGAGGACACAAACCUCGCCCGCAAGAUGGCCAAGGCAUCGCACUCCCUGGCCCAGGAGAUGAAACGCGAUAGUGUCGCCAUGCGAACUAUAGCCAUCGUCACCAUGUUCUUCCUCCCCGGCGCGACCUUUGCCGCCCUCCUCUCCAUGCCCUUCUUCAACAACAACAAAUGGCUCGAAGACGCCUCCAGAUUCUGGGUCUGGGUCGUCAUGACCGUGCCCUCGACUGGCGCUUGCUUCCUCUUCUACCACAAGUGGAUAUCCAAGUCGAGGCAGGCGAUUGCAGCGGAUGAUAUCCUUCUCGAGGCGCAGGUGUAG